AUGCACCUCUCCCAGCUGCUGGCCUGCGCCCUGCUGCUCACGCUACUCUCGCUCCGGCCCUCCGAAGCCAAGCCCGGGGCGCCGCCGAAGGUCCCGCGAACUCCGCCGGGGGAGGAGCUGGCCGAGCCCCAGGCUGCGGGCGGCAGUCAGAAGAAGGGCGACAAAUCUCCCGGGGGCGGCGGCGCCAACCUCAAAGGCGACCGGUCGCGACUGCUCCGCGACCUGCGCGUGGACACCAAGUCGCGGGCGGCGUGGGCCCGCCUUCUGCAUGAGCACCCCAACGCGCGCAAAUACAAAGGAGGCAACAAGAAGGGCUUGUCCAAGGGCUGCUUCGGCCUCAAGCUGGACCGGAUCGGCUCCAUGAGCGGCUUGGGAUGUUAGUGCGGCGACCCCUGGCGGCGGAUCGGGAACUUGCUCCGUUUUGCUGAGGUCA